AUGGAGUCGUCCCUCAUCACUGUCUCUGUCACCUCUGUGUGCGACCCAGUGGUAGGACCGUAUGUGAGGAGAAUCCUCUGUGAGGAGCUGGGCUGCCCUGCUAAUUCUGCCGUCAACUGUGUCCCAUUGGAGGACUUUGGGGGUCAACACCCAGAUCCUAACCUCACCUAUGCUGCAGAUCUGGUUGACAGCAUGAAAGAAGGACCUUAUGAUUUUGGUGCAGCAUUCGAUGCUGAUGGGGACCGUAACAUGAUCCUUGGUAAACACGGCUUCUUCGUCGGCCCACCUGACUCUGUGGCUGUGAUUGCUGACAACAUCUUCUGCAUCCCAUACUUCCAGCAUACAGGGGUGAGAGGCUUCGCACGCAGCAUGCCCACAAGCGCAGCCUUAGACAGAGUAGCCAAGGCAACAAAAAUAGAGUUAUAUGAAACUCCCACUGGCUGGAAGUUCUUUGGGAACCUGAUGGAUGCAGGCAGACUGUCUCUGUGUGGAGAGGAAAGCUUUGGUACAGGUGGAGACCAUAUUCGUGAGAAGGAUGGGCUGUGGGCCGUGCUGGCAUGGCUGUCCAUCCUGGCCACUAAAAGGCAGAGUGUGGAGGACAUUCUAAAGGACCACUGGCUAAAAUAUGGAAGAAACUACUUCACCAGAUAUGACUAUGAGAACAUAGACAUAGAUGCAGCCUGUGAGAUGAUGGAGGAUUUGGAAAUUCUGAUUUCUGGAAAGUCCUUUGUGAAGCAGAGAUUUGCUGUGGAGGACAAGAUCUACCAAGUGGAAAAAGCAGACAACUUUGAGUACACAGACCCGGUCGACAGCACCAUCUCCAGGAACCAGGGUCUGCGGAUAAUCUUCUCUGAUGGUUCUCGAAUCAUCUACAGACUCAGUGGAACAGGUAGUGAUGGGGCGACAGUUCGAAUCUACAUAGACAGCUAUGAGAAGGAGCAAAUCUUUGAAGACACGCAGGUGAUGCUGGCACCCCUGGCAACCAUUGCUCUGAAAAUUUCCCAGCUCCAUCACAGGACGGGUCGAAGUGGCCCAUCAGUCAUCACAUGAUUCCUCCCACAUGUUCCCCCGUCAUUGCUUAAGUAAUCUCCUUUUUGUUUUUCUUUCCUGAUUUUUGUACAAACUGAGCUCCAAUUUCAACUGCAGCUGCACGACAUGCAGUAGUUUGCCUCUCAGGCUAAAAUAUAUUCAGUGAUUUUAUCUCUUCUACAUUAAACUGCUUUUUAUUUUUUGGGUCA